AUGUUAGGUGAUAUAGUUGCGUUAUGCCUUUACUGAUACUCACGGGUAGUAAAUAUUACAAAGCGCAAUAUCGUACCCAUCUUAUCAAAAAUGUCAACAGAAAAGAAAUUAAAGGAAGCGGCGGGGCAUAUUCAGCAAGCUGAAAAGUGUUUAAAGACAUCAUUAAUGAAAUGGAAUCCAGAUUUAGAUGGAGCUGCAUCAGAAUAUAUCAAAGCAGCAACUUGCUACAAGAACGCAAAAGCUCUGGCUGAUGCUCGUGGGGCUUACUUGAAAGCUGCUGAAAUGCAGGAAAGAAUGAAAUCACCAUUCCAUGCAGCAAAAUCUUAUGAACAAGCGGGACUUUUGAGUAAGGAGAAUAAGGAGUUAGAUCAAGCUGUACAUUAUAUGGAACGGGCAUCAUUUAUGUUUCAAGAGCAUGGUACACCGGACACGGCCGCUUUAUGUCUAGAGAAAGCUGCCAAAAUGGUAGAGCAGACCAAGCCAGCUCAUGCAGUAGAACUUUAUAAAAAGGCUUCAGACGUCGCUGAUAUUGAGGACCGUCCCAGACAAAGUGCAGAGAAUAUUGGUAAAGCUGGUAGACUUCUUAUUAAUCUUGAGAGGUAUGAAGAAGCAAUAGAAUGUCUAACUAAGGAGAUAAAUUUUUACGCUGCAGCGGAGAACUAUGCAAUGAUUAAUAAACUUGUGUUAGCUGUUGUACUUAUAAAAUUAACACUAGGUGAUUAUGUGGCAGCAGAUCAAUUCUACAGAUCUUCUAUUAGUCAUCCUGGUUUCACGGACAGUGAAGAGUGUGCAGCUGUAGAUGAGUUAUUACAGGCAUAUGAUGAUGGUGAUGAAGAAACUGCUAGAAGAGUUCUGUCCAUUCCACUCAUCAAAUAUAUGGACAAUUGUUUUGCAAAGUUGUCAAAGAAGUUGGUUAUACCAGGUGGAAUGCGGGUUGGGAAAUCAGAGGCUGGUGUGACAGAAAUAAAUACAGUGGGCGGAGCUGGAGGUGGAGGAGGAGCUAUACAUCUUGAUGAUGAUGAAGAAGGCGGUCUUUGCUGAAAAUCAUUCACCAUAGACAGUGAAGAGUAGACAGUUAGCUGAGAAGGAAAGAAAAAUGCUGAAAGAAGUAAAUAGAGUGAUGAAAUACAAUAAACAUUGACUUGAUGAUAGUGUUAAAAGUAAAAUAAAAGAUUCUUUUAAUAAGUAGUUUAGGAUGUAGGGUUAGAAAUGACAAGUUACAACUUAUUAUGAUAUGAUAUAUUAUAGAUAAAGCGCAAAUACUCAAAGUAUGCUUUUAAUGGGGAAAAAUAAUCUUUUAUGUAUGUAGUCCAUUCCAUAUUUGAUUGAGUAAGGCCUUUAUUUGUUUUCCAAACAUCAAAAUUUCAUCAGCAUUUUAACAUUUCUUUUAAAAGAUAGAUGAUUCUUAGAAAUUUUAAAGUUCCGAAAUUUACAAUCAGUUAGGAAAAUGAAACAAAUACACAGAGUUCAAAAUAUCAGUUUCAUAGUUUUAUCAUUUACAUUCCUAUUAAGAAACCAGCUAUUGUGUUUUAUACAGUAUUACUUUUCUACUAAUAUGUCUUAUAUGUCACUUUUGCCUGUCCAAUUCCAUGUUGACUGUUACUAACAGUAAAUUUUAUACUUGUCCCUAUAAGAUAAUACCUGAAUUAUGUUGAAAGUACUGUAUGAUCAC